AGAGGAAUGCAGGACUAAUACAAAAUACAUCAUAGUUUGUGUUGUAAUGUGACAACAUGUGGAAAUGUUAAAUGGGUUUGAAUACUUAUUCAAUGCACUGUAUGAAUCCUUGUCAAGGUAUUAAAGUCCUUCUCCUCUGUUCCACAGCUAAAACCACAAUCAGCUGCUCAGACGGGGAGACGGAGCCCCCCUCACACCUCAACAUCAAUUUAAAACUAAAUGAAAUGCAAAGGUAGCAGGAAGGUUCUGAAGCUGAAAAGGAAAGUGUGAUAUGGACACAACCAUGUUCAGGGACCAAAGAACCACAGCUGGACAAAACCUCGCAGUGAACUCAAAUGACACCCAGGUGACCACCGAUGUUCUGCAGACCUCCUCAGAGCUUUAUCUUAACAUAUUCCUCUCUGGAUUUUACACCAUAGUCCUGUUUCCUGUUGGUCUCCUUGGGAACAUCCUGAUCAUCGUGGUCAACCUGGACCACAAGGGCCGCCUGACGGCCCCAGACCUUUACUUUGUGAACCUGGCAGUUGCGGACCUGAUUCUGGUGGCCGACUCUUUGAUUGAGGUGUUUAACCUGAAGAAGGGCUACUAUGACAACGCCAGCCUCUGCACCUUCAUGAACCUUUUCCAGCAGGUCAACCUGUACAGCAGCGUCUUCUUCUUGACCUGGAUGAGCUUUGACCGAUUCAUCGCGCUGACCCGCAUCACCGGCACUAGCUUGGUCCACGCACGCCUCAGCUGCUGCCUCAUCUGGGUGUUUUCAUCCUUGCUCACCCUGCUACCUUUCGCUGUGACUCAAGUGCAGCAUUCAGGUGAGCUCAAUUUCUGCUUCGCCAACGUGAGCCAGAUUCAGUGGCUUGAGGUGAUGCUGGGCUUCCUGGUGCCUUUCUGCAUCCUGGGUGUGUGUUACUGGAGGAUAGCGCAGGUGCUCCGGCGCAGCCAGAGGGAGCAAUGCACCCCGCAGCAAAAGCCUCGCAGGCAGAGAGCCCUGCGCAUGAUAUCUGCCGCCGUGUUGGUCUUCUUCAUCUGCUGGCUCCCGGUGAACGUUUUUAUAAGCGUUCACCUGCUGAGGGCAGACGCAGAGAGUGGCACGCUGUGGGAGAUUUACCCUCUGACGGGCCACGCUGUCCGGCUCGCAGCUUUCUCCAACAGCUGCCUGAACCCGCUCAUCUACGGCUUUCUUGGGGAGACUUUCCGUAAAAAGCUCAGGCUUUUCCUCCAGGAGAGAAGCCGCAGUUCCAAGCAGCUCAGGUCAGCUUCAGAAAGAGGCAUUUAUGUACCAGCCGCACCAACAUGUCACCAUGCAACAUGUGACGCAUCAAGCCAAGCCACUAAUUCAAGCUCAAACAGCCUCCCACAAACUGUCCUGACACAGAUCACACAAGAAAACAGCUUGUGCCAUGACAUUAAGGACACUUUAAUGGACAAUAGGGCAGCAAGGAGCUUAACUGCUGUAAAAACUAUUUGUCUUUUACAUGAAACUCAGUUUCCAGGUAAAAAUCAGAUCACAACAGUUGAUGGCAUCUUAUUGUGUUCUGAACUCACUGAAACCUCCCAGUGAUUGAAAAUAAACACAAAACAUCAAGG